AAAAGACCAGAACAAGCCAAGCUAAAAUUGCCACUCCCUUCAGUCGAAAUUUAUACAUAUUAAACCGAAUCGAAUGGACGAUGAGCAACUUCCAGUACCUGUUUAAGGUUCUCAUCGUGGGUGACACAGGCGUGGGCAAAUCCUCCCUGAUGAUGCGUUUCACGGAGAACAAAUUCCUCGAGAACUACAUAUGCACGGUGAGCAUGGAUAUCAGGGCGAGCUACGUGGAGCUGCUCGAGGGUAAGAUGAUGCUGGAGGUCUGGGACACCACCGGCGACGAGCGCUUGAAGUCGGCGAUGCCGGCCUUUUAUCGUGGUGCCCAUGGCGUACUGCUCGUUUACGACAUAACGUCGUCCAAAAGUUUCGAAAACAUCGGUGGCUGGCUGAAGGAGAUAAUGCGCAUGUGUCCGGAUAAGCUGAACGUCGUGCUGGUGGGGAACAAGUGUGAUGAUCUGGACCAUCGCCAGGUGGACCCUGAGCAGGCCCUCCAAUAUGCCCGUCGUCGGGGAUUCCACUCUGAUGUGGUUUCCGCCAAGAGUGGCGAGAAUGUAUAUAACUUAUUCCGUUCGUUGACAUUUGACAUGCACGAUCGUAUUGUGCGUCACGGGAAGUUCGAGGACAUUAGAGAGCUACCGGAUGAACCAACUAAUCCAGCUGACACAGAUCGCCAGGGGGGCAAUGACCCCAAUACCUGCCGUUAA